AUGAUUUCCAUAGGACUCGAAGGUAGCGCCAACAAGCUUGGAAUAGGAAUCAUAUCCCAUCCCGCGCCCGGAAAACCCGCGUUGAUUCUCUCCAACCUACGCCAUACCUUCAAUGCCCCGCCUGGAGAAGGAUUCCUCCCCAAGGACACAGCCAAACACCACCGGUCAUGGGUCGUGAAACUUGUCAAGCAGGCCAUGGCGGAAGCCAAAGUCUCAAUCACAGAUAUCGACUGCAUCUGCUAUACCAAAGGCCCAGGCAUGGGCGCGCCAUUACAAAGCGUUGCGGUCGCUGCGAGGAUGCUCUCAUUGCUGUGGCAGAAGGAGCUGGUGGGUGUGAAUCACUGCGUGGGACAUAUAGAGAUGGGGAGAGAGAUUACCGGCGCGCAGAACCCGGUGGUGCUUUAUGUUAGUGGAGGAAAUACGCAGGUUAUUGCCUACGCCGAACAACGAUAUCGCAUAUUUGGGGAGGCUUUGGAUAUUGCGGUGGGCAACUGCCUCGAUCGAUUUGCGCGGACCCUCGAAAUUAGUAAUGAUCCUGCGCCCGGAUACAACAUAGAACAGCUGGCGAAGAAGGGAAAGGUUCUUUUGGAUUUGCCGUAUGCUGUGAAGGGCAUGGACUGUUCAUUUUCCGGGAUAUUGGCUAGUAUUGAGAUUCUUGCUGCUGAGCUCAAGAAAAAUCCUGAAUGGCGGGAUCCGAUCACUGGAGAGGUCAUCACCACUGCAGACUUGUGUUUUAGCUUGCAGGAAACGGUCUAUGCCAUGCUAGUCGAGAUCACGGAGAGAGCAAUGGCCCACGUGGGUAGUCACCAAGUGUUGAUUGUUGGUGGAGUGGGUUGCAACGAAAGACUUCAGAAGAUGAUGGGAUUGAUGGCCAAAGACCGUGGUGGAAGUGUUUUUGCUACCGACGAGCGUUUCUGCAUCGACAAUGGGAUCAUGAUUGCCCACGCAGGUUUGUUGGCUUACAAAACCGGGUUUCGAACAGCCCUUGAAGAAAGUACCUGUACGCAGAGAUUCAGGACAGAUGAAGUUUUCGUCAAGUGGCGAGAUUGA